AUGGAUCGCCAGCCGACUGAAGAGGGAUAUUUGGCGCUUUGUUUGAUUAUGCUUGCACGGAGCGAUGGCUCUGUUAAUCAGGUACGAUCUCUACCAUCGUCGGUGACAGUGAUGAAAAUCCACACACCGUCGGAGAAGAUGGAGGAGAAGAUGUUGUAUAAGUGUUCGGUUUAUGGUAAGGGAUUUGGAUCUUAUCAAGCUUUAGGAGGACAUAAAGUUAGUCAUCGGAAACUCGUCGCCGGUGGCGACAGAGGAGAUGAUCAGUNNGCUAUUAGAAGAGCUUAUCUCCAAAAAAAACCUUGUCAACCUCUAUUAAGAGAGUUUCCACAAACAAACAUCUUUGGAGAUGUGCGUCGUUUUAAUCAUAAAUGGUUUGAUGAAUUUCCUGAUUGGUUAGAGUAUAGUAUAAGUAAAGAUGCAGCCUUUUGUUUGUAUUGUUAUUUAUUCAAGCAAAAUAACAAUCUUCAAGGCGGAGGUGAAACAUUUUCGAGUGUGGGAUUUAGAAGUUGGCAUAAAAAAGCUAGUUUGCAAACACAUGUUGGUGGGCAUACUAGCAUUCACAAUCAGUCAAAAAGAAAAUGUGAAGAUCUAAUGCGACAACAACAAUCCAUACAUGCUUCAUUUGAGAAACAAUUUAAUCAAGAUAAGCACGGGUAUCAAAUCCGCUUAGCAGCUUCAAUUGAUGUAGUAAGACUUCUUGUGAGACAAGGCUUGGCAUUUCGAGGUCAUGAUGAAUCUAAAUUAUCACUUAACAGAGGUAAUUUUCUUGAGAUUCUUUCAUUUUAUGCCCAAAAGUGUGAUGAAGUUCGUAAGUUUGUAUUGGAAAAUGCUCCUCAAAAUGACCAAAUGACUUGUCCAAAAAUUCAAAAAGAUAUUGUAAUUGCUUGCAAGAUUGAAACAAUUAAGGGCAUCAUAAAGGAACUAAAUGGUGAUUAUUUUUCCUUAUUGGUUGAUGAAUCUUUUGAUGUUUCACGCAAGGAGCAAAUGGCGGUUGUUUUACGAUAUGUUGAUAGAAGAGGAUUUGUGAUGGAGAGACUUCUUGACAUUGUUCAUGUUAAAAAUACUAGUGCUUUAUCUCUAAAAGAAGCAAUUGUCAAUUUACUUUCUCAACAUUCCUUGAGUCUAUCUUAUGUGCGUGGACAAUGCUAUGAUGGAGCAAGUAAUAUGCAAGGUGAUAUCAAUGGCCUUAAGAUGUUGAUUAAGAAAGAAAGUAGAUCGGCUUAUUCCAUACAUUGUUUUGCUCAUCAACUUCAAUUAACUCUUGUUGGUGUUUCUAAAAGAUGUCUUCAAGUUGGAGAACUUGUUCAUUUGGUUUCAAAUAUUUUUAAUGUUUUGGCGGCUUCUUAUAAACGUAUGGAUGAUUAUCGAGAAUCUAAAAAAAAUAAUAAUUCAAGAAGCUUUUGA